AUGGUUCCUCUGACCAUUCGCUGCUUCCUGGGAUGUGAGCUGCCUCCUGAGGGCUUGAAAGCCCAUGUCUUCUUCAAAGUGGCUGUGAAUGGGAGCUCCUUUAUGAGUUUCCAACCGAAGACAGCCUCAUGGACGGCAAGGCCUCAGGCACCUUCCAAUGUGGUCACCUACGCCCUGGAGCAGCUCAGCAAGUACGGUCGUACUCGGUACGAACUGCGGGAAUUUCUGCCAGACACCUGUGUGCAGUACGUGCAGAAACACAUCACCGGGAACAACUUGAAAGGAAGCCAAAUCGGCCGUUCCUACACUUCGCUGGUCCUGGGCAUCCUGGUGGGCUGUUUCAUCAUCACUGGAGUGGCUGUAGGCAUCUUCUUGUGCACAGGUGGACGGUGGCAGUGUGAAAUUACUCUCCAGUCCUGGAAAAGAGCUAGACUGAUGGGGCCUAGCAAAGGAGGAUCUCAGCUCACUGCAAAACUGUACAGAUUCUCCAUCUGGGACAUUAUACUCCAGAAGAUUUAG